AUGUGCCUCUGCCGCGAACGAAAACAGGUCAUCGUAUUUGGCGGUAGCGGCUUCGUGGGCCAGAACGUUUGCCAGGCGGCCCUCCGUAUGGGGGCUGAUGUGGUGAGUGUCAACAGGAGUGGCGCCCCAACCGGCAAGGACAAGGCGUGGAAAGACAAGGUUCGGUGGGUUCAAGCGGACAUCUUCAAGCCGGAGGACUACGCUGUCGAGCUAUCUGGCGCAGCGGGGGUUGUCAGCUGCGUGGGCGCCUUUGGAUCAGAUCAGCAAGUGGAGAAGAUCUGCGGAGACGCCACGGUCGCCGCAACGGAAGCCGCCGAAAAGGCGGAUGUGGAGAGGUUUGUUUUCAUCUCCGCAGCGGGGGCACAGCACGACCACCCGGUCAUGAAGGGGUACUGGAAGGGGAAACAGAAAGCCGAAAAAGCCAUCCUAGAAAGGUUUCCAGAUGGAGGCGUUGUCCUGCGCGCCCCCGGCAUCUACGGAGACAGGGACGUCGGACCCGUCACUAUUCCCCUCGGAGCAUUGAUGAGACCUAUGGAGAUGCUGUUCAACCUGGCGCCCUUCGCAGCCGUUCGCAGCUCCAGCCCUCUCGAGGCAAUGCUGACCCCUCCAGUGGCGGUGGAGAACGUGAGCCGUGUGGCGGCCGCGGGUGCGCUGGGUCUCGUGCCUGGGGGGGUUUUGCUAGUAGACGACAUUAAUCGACUUGCGACAGAUUGUACAUGA